CGAAAUAAAAACUAAAGAUUGGAUCAUCAAGCGGUAUCAAACAAGCUAUCAACCAGUAGUCUCCAAUAAGUUGAAUAUAGCCACUCUAUACAAACAAGAACUACUUGAUCAACAAGAAAAAACCCUACAAGAUUCCAUCAAAUAUAUAAUGAUUGAACAAAUCAUACCCAAACAGUUUUUAGAUUCGAUAUCUUCAUCAACGGAAGAUUUCAAGAUCGAAAUUAAACACGGUAAGUUACUGUUGUGUGGGUACACCAGACAAGUUUUAAAAGAUAAAGAAUACUUGAAACAACCAAUGUCCGUGACAAAUACCAUAACCUUGGACGAAUUGCUAAAUACGAACUUGACUGAUUUCAAUCUUGAAGAUAAUACGUUAUCAAUAAAUUUCAGAUUGAAAGAUUUCAAAAAUUUCAUGAAUUUGAUAGGCGGGUUUGCCAAUUUAAAAUAUGAUUUGGCGGAUGAUCAUUCAACCGAUGGCAAUUCGUAUUUUGAAAUUUUUUUCAAAAGUCCUGGUGAUCCAAUUCUCUUUGAAUUGAAGAAUUAUCCCCAUGUAUUGAUUCAAUACACUCAAAUUACAAGUGAUGAUAAUUUAGAAUCUAAUAAGAAACCAAAAUUCUCACUACCAUCUCAUUCAGUCAUCAUUCCAAAUAAAGAGGAAACCCCAUUACCAGAGCAAACUCCAUCACCAGGGGAACUUAUCACAUCCAAGCCAUUUAGUAAGAAGAUUGAUUACGAAUCUGUCAGAUCAUUAAUAUAUGGAGAAUUACCUCCAAUGGAAUCGGAACCACAAGAACAAAGAGUCACUUAUGGUAAAAGAAGUCGAACUCCCAGCUUAGAUCUUUCUAAACGCCAAAAAACAAAUAACCAGAAUGAUACCGACUACGGGUCAGAUUCCUCGGAAUCCUCCGAUACCAUUCAAACUCAACUAUUGGGUCCUACACAAGUAGCAGAGAAACCAAAGUCCAUCUUCGAUUAGUUAACGAAUAGAUACAUUUAAAAGUUGGCAUAUAUAUGAUUAUAAAUAAGAGUUUCGAAAAAAAUUAAGAAAUCUAAAAUACAAGUUAAUUAUUCAAUGCAUAAUUAAUUCAAAUAAAUAGGGAGAGG